AUGCCGAACGAUACCUCAUGCGUACCAAUGGAUGAAAAUAAGAAUUUGAAGAAACGUACUCUUACUCGCUUUCAUGGACUUAUUUUCCUAUUUAUUCUCGUGUUAAUACCAGCUAUUGUAUUCGCUGUUAUGUUUGGCCUUCAAAUGAGACGUAAUUCGGAACUAUCGGUUAUCAACACACACACUACGAUUGCCAUCGAUCCAAAACGUAAUAUUACAAUAAAAGGCCUAUUGACGGUGAAUACUGCGACAAAAGCUAAAAUUUGUAAUGAAAACCAAACGAUUGAAGAUUGCGUUCUUGUCUACAAUUCAAAAAUUAUCAUGAAUGCACUUGUUUUGGCACCAUCGGUUAUAUCCGAAAGGUCUUCAAAAACUUUUAGUUUUCCUGAAAAUGCAAGUGAAAGCACAAUUGAUUGCAAAGCAAUGUACGUUCGUCGAAGUCAACUACCGGACAUUUUUGAACCAACCACGUUGAAAACGAUCUACGAAUUGUCCGGUGUUCCGUACACAAACAUUAGUCGAGCAGAACAACGUACUCAAAUCGAUGCGCGAUCAAUACAGAAUAAAUGGACUUCACCGAUCAAUUACUAUAUCAAUACAGCAUCUGGCUUAACUUCAACGAUGGCUGAUAAUAUACGUACCGCUGUCUCGAAUUGGGAAAAUAAUACCUGUUUGAAAUUCAACGAAUUGACAACUAUAACUACUACAACAAAUAAAUCUUAUAUUUCAUUUCGUCGUGAUGAUACCUAUGGUUGUUCAAGUCCUGUUGGUUAUGAUCCCACUGAUCCGACAUCAGUCAUACUUAUUUCUGUAUAUUGUAGCACUAUUAUUGCUUCUAUUAUGCAUGAAAUCGGCCAUACACUUGGUUAUAUUCAUACACAGUCACGAAUAGAUCGAGAUAGCUAUGUCACAAUCGUUUCAGCGAAUAUCAUUACUGAUUAUGCUGCUAACUUUUACAAAUGGUACUACGGAACAAUACGAUUUCUCGAUACGACAUUUCCCUAUGAUUUUGGUUCGUUUAUGCAUUACGAUGCGUAUGGAUUUACGAACAAUGGUGAAGCAACAAUCGUUCCACUUGAUGUUCGAUAUGCAAGAACGAUGGGACAACGAGAGAAAGCAGCAUUUUAUGAUUAUAAACAAAUGAAUCGACUUUAUUUCAAUCGAGCAGAUUGUCCAACAAUGUUUACCAAUAAUAAUUGCCAAAAUAACGGUUACCUCGAUCCCAAGACAUGUUCACGCUGCGUAUGUCCUGAAGGACUUUCAGGUACUUACUGUGACCAACGAGAUACGGCCAGUACUUGUGGAGACACAAUUACAAAUUCAAACCCAUCCAUAGCUACGCAAGUCACCAUCCAGAAUCCUACACCAACCAGUACAACAUCAUCAUUACAAACCUGUGUGUAUCUGAUAAAGUCUCAAACAGCAGGAAAGAUUCGUUUUCGACUAGACGCUCUCAAAACUGUCGCACGUUACGUGUGUAGUUUAACAUCGGUACUUGAAGUGAAAUAUCAAAGCGAUCUUGCUCUAACUGGCGCUCGAUGGUGUGGAACUGCAGUGCCAACAACCUGGUUAAAUAUUACGGCCGAAUCAACUACAAUGAUACUUAUCUUUCGUUCUAAUAAUUAUAUCAACACCACGACUGGAACGCCACAAGCUGGUUUUCGUGCUACGAUUUUCUUUGAUGCUGAAGCAACAUCGAGUGUGUCUCAAUCAGUAGCAUCUACGACUUCUAGUAUUGCUACUACAACUAGUUCUACUACCAGCAUGUUACCGUCAACUACAACAAGUUCAUCAGGAUGUUCUACAUCAAGUCGUUGUCAGUUGGCUUCUCAACCAACAUGUGGUGGAUGUCUAAGUUAUCAGCCGUGCACUACUGACGGUACUCAACCGUGCACCGCAUAUAACUAUCAGAUUAGUUUAACCGGUUGCGAUCAAAUCGUUAAUGGCGUAGCACAAUGUCGAUACCAGUUUAGUCUUGUACCUUAUACAACAAACUGUAAGCGUACAGUUUUGCUCUGUUGUCCAAACUAUCAGCUAUUUUCUUAUGGAACACAAUACUAUUGUGUAUAUAAUCCUCAAGCAAUAGAUGCAUCGACAUGGUCUGCGUACAUAUAA